GUUGUCAGUUUAGUAUGGAAACGAGUCGCGUGCAGAACGUUCCGGGAAUUAAAGUAUACAAAAAGUGACGUAAAAUGUCCAACGUACGUUCUUGGAUAACUCUAAUUGUCUGGGUGAAACUUUGCCUAAUGAUCUACCUUAUACCACCGAAUCAAACGCGUAAGGAUGUACCCACUUUAGUGGAAUACAACUUUCCGAAUGAUGAAGCACAUUUGAUUGAUUUCGGGAACUUUUCCUAUAUAAUAGAGCAGUUACCAUGUGAAUCGGAUACCAAGGGACUCAUAAUAGUCCACACAGCACCCGAUAAUCAUGAGAAACGUUCAGUGAUACGUGAGACUUGGGGUGGAGUCAACUCCCCCAGUGGUUCACCACUUCGUUUGAUCUUUGCUCUGGGAAACAUUCAGAAUAGCUCCCUGGAAUCUGCGAUUCUGGAUGAGCAGGCUCAAUAUGGUGAUCUCUUGCAGGGCAAUUUCAUAGAUACAUACAGCAACAUUACCUACAAGCAUGUGAUGGCCUUGAAAUGGUUCAACUACCACUGCAAUAGUGCUCAGUUUCUGCUUAAAGUGGACGACGAUAUAUUUGUGAAUGCUCCGUUACUUUUGAAGAACUUAAAAGAACCAAAACUCUCCAAUAAGCAGCUAGACAAUCUCAUACAGCAACGCAGCGAACUUCUGCUGUGUACGAAGGUCGUAAAAGAUCCAGUUUUGCGUUCCUAUCGCUCCAAAUGGCGUGUGAGCUUCAGGGAGUACUCUGGCUCUCGUUAUCCCGAUUUUUGUCCAGGUUUCGCGGUCCUUUACAGUACAGAUGUUGCAAAGAAACUCUAUGCAGAAGCCCAAAGAUCACCGUACUUUCGCUUGGAUGAUGUUCACAUUACUGGGAUAUUGUCGCAGCGUCUGCACAUCUCGAUCAGCGAUCUCAAACCUUAUGUCAUGUAUCCAGUGGAAAUGGAAAGUUUAUUGAAGGGGACAGAAAUACCCAACGAUCAAGUGGAAUUUCUGGUUUCCUGGCAUAAUUUAAACCCAGCACAGAUGCGAUCACUCUGGGCAUUGUUUGGAAACAACUAACUGGAGGGACAAAGAACCUCUGAGCUUCCGCAAAACCAGAGCCCCCACGUCAGAGUCAACUCCAAUUCAUUGCGAGCCAAGUGCGUUCAAUUUCCUUGGGACACAGCUGGCUGAAUGAAUGGAUGACUGGUUGACUGAAUGACUGACUAGCUGGCCCGACUCCUCAUCAAUAUAAAUCACAACAACAAAAGGCCCUUGGCUAACUGGCUUUGGACAUUGUUUACCUCAACAGAACAGAACAGAACCCAAGUCCAAGCCGAAGGCCAGGAACUGGAACUGAAGCUGAAACUGAUUGCCCAUAGCCUGGAGACGGACCCAAAGGCAUCCCAUGCAAUGCUUCCUUCCGAUACCAGUACACAUCAUUUCUGAGUGAUGUUCCCGAGGCAGUGGCAGGCGGCGCCAUCCUUUGUGCUCAUUGUUUUCCGAAAGUUGGUAGCUUUUUGGAUGGUGUUUAGUGUGUGGUGUGAUGGAUGCGUUGCAGCAGCUGUUUUACGGCAACAAUGGACCGAAUGGAGCGGAAUGAAUAGCGGCAAUGUGGAAUAUGGCCAUGAUUCAUUAUCUAGAUGGUCAUUCAAGUUCAUUUAUAAAACAAAGGAUAUACCACAGAUCCCGAAAGGUUGAUAAAUAUAACUCUUGAAAUACCUUUUUAUUUAUAUGUUAUUGCGAUUUGGAAAAUAAAUAAAGCUUCCAAUUCGCUAUAUUAAAGAUACGAGAAUAUAUUUAUUAUGUAGUAUAAAACAAUAUAGUCCAAUAUGCAAUGCACAAUAACUAUAAAACCAAUCAUCAGUCAGAUAACAAAUAAUGGUGUGGCUUAUCAGCACACAAAAAAAA